GGGCAAAGGCCGAAGGUCAGCGUCCAGGUUGGAAAGUACUAGGUGUUAGAAAUGGCUGCGUCUGGGGACCCUGGGAGGCCGUGGCAGGAGGCGGCAGCCGCUGUGGUGGUGGUGGGCUCCUGCAUGACCGACCUGGUCAGUCUUACUUCUCGUUUGCCAAAAAUUGGAGAAACCAUCCAUGGACAUAAGUUUUUUAUUGGCUUUGGAGGGAAAGGUGCCAACCAGUGUGUCCAAGCCGCUAGACUCGGAGCAAAGACAUCCAUGGUGUGCAAGGUUGGCAAAGAUUCCUUUGGCAACAAUUAUAUAGAAAACUUAAAACAGAAUAAUAUUUCUACAGAAUUUACAUAUCAGACUCAAGAUGCUGCUACAGGAGCGGCUUCUAUAAUUGUCAAUAAUGAAGGGCAGAAUAUCAUCGUCAUAGUUGCUGGAGCAAAUAUGCUUUUGAAUACUGAGGACCUGAGGGCAGCAGCCAAUGUCAUUAGCAGAGCCAAAGUCAUGGUCUGCCAGCUAGAAAUAACUCCAGCCACUUCUCUGGAAGCCUUGACAAUGGCCCGCAGCAAUGGAGUGAAAACAUUGUUCAACCCAGCCCCUGCCAUUGCUGACCUGGAUCCCCGGUUCUACGCCCUCUCUGAUGUGUUUUGCUGCAAUGAAAGUGAGGCUGAGAUUCUGACUGGCGUCCCAGUUGGCAGCCCUGCAGACGCUGGGAGGGCUGCACAGGUGCUGAUGGAAAGGGGAUGCCAUGUGGUCAUCGUCACUUUAGGUGCUGAAGGCUGUGUGAUGCUGUCACAGACAGAGCGUGUCCCAAAGCACAUCAUCACAGAGAAGGUCAAGGCUGUAGACACCACGGGAGCUGGUGACAGUUUUGUGGGUGCUUUGGCCUUCUACCUGGCUUAUUACCCAAACCUGUCCUUAGAAGACAUGCUCAAGAGAUCAAACUUCAUCGCUGCCGUCAGCGUCCAGAGCACAGGAACACAGUCAUCUUAUCCUUACAAAAAAGACCUGCCACUUGCUCUGUUUUGAUUGCUGUCAAGCCUCGAAAUAAAUGCACCUGGAAGUAAAAUGGGCUUGGGGGUGGACACUAGUUGCUGGCAGCUUACUCUAAAAUGUCAUCUUCUUUCUUUGCAAAUGUUAUGUUCAUU